UAAUAUUUUUUCUUCUAAUAAACUCAAUCUUCCGUGCCACCGAUUAAAAUCAUGUCAUCUCCUUUGAACCAAACACGCUGAAGACCUAAAGAACAGUUUGGGGCAUAACUCUGCAGCUUCGGACAUCUUAGUUGACCACUUGUGGGUAUUUGAUGUCGGAUCCGUACGAGAGAGCGAAAGGAGGUAGGCUAGCCUUCAAGGGAGGCGACCUGGCAAUACGCACCAAGGCUAUCGAAAAGAAAAAGAAGAAGAAAAAGAAGUCCUCAGCAGAUGAUUUCGUUUCCGACGAGCCAUUGUCAGGCGACGCGGCCAUCGCCGCUUCGGAACUGGGUUCGGGUUCAUGUCCGGAUGGAGGGGAUACCAACAUUUACACCAUUGACGCGGCCAAGAAGAUGAAGUACGACGAAUUGUUCCCUGUUGAAGCUAAGAAGUUCGCCUACGACCCCAAUGCUAAAGCAAAGUCCGUUGAAGAAGCCCUUGAUGAUCGGGUCAAGAAGAAAGCUGAUCGCUACUGUAAAUAAAAGGUCACGUUUUUAGGUAAAAUAGACGAAUUUUACUGGUUUCUAUUUCUAUUUGCAGUUUUGUAUACAUUCUCUUAUUAGGGUUUUAAAUGCUUCUAAUGUUUUGUUUUUGUAAGUUGUGAUCUGAAUGUCUUUGGGUUGGAAACUAUUCAAGGAGUAUAUUUCUUGCAGUGUACUUGAUUCCUUUGGGCAGAGUACCUAAACAGAAGUUAUUCUGUUUGACAUUAUAUUAUACCAAUCCCUUUU